UGAGUCUGAGCGGAAAGGAGGCCCAUGUGGAGGAGCGGCGGCUCGAGCCUGCGGGGACAGAGUGACUCGGUGUGAGUGAGCGGUCGGUCUGAGUGGAGGGAGCGCCAUGCUGAAGGAGGCUCUGGAGGCCCAGAACACGGCGGUGUUCUCCGCCAUCACCGCAUCUAUACAGGUUCAGGUGGAACCGGUGGGCCGUUGGUUCGAAGCGUUUCUGAAGCGUAGGAUUCGAAAUGUGUCCGCAUCCUUCCAGGAGCUGGAGGAGGAGGAGGAGUUAUCAGAAGAAGAGGAAGAUGAGGAGUUGCAGCUGGAGGAAUAUCCUUUGCUGAAAACACUGGACCCCAAAGACUGGAAGAAUCAAGAUCACUAUGCUGUCCUGGGUUUAGCUCAUGUGAGAUACAAGGCAACUCAGAAACAGAUCAAAGCUGCUCAUAAAGCCAUGGUGCUGAAACAUCAUCCAGACAAAAGGAAAGCAGCAGGCGAGCAGAUUGUGAAGGGAGACAACGAUUAUUUCACCUGUAUAACAAAAGCAAUAGAGAUUCUGUCUGAUCCUGUGAAGCGGAGAGCGUUUGACAGUGUGGACCCCACCUUUGAGAACGCCGUGCCGUCUAAAGCUGAGGGAAAAGAGAAUUUCUUUGAGGUCUUUGCUCCUGUGUUUGAGCGGAAUGCUAGGUGGUCUACUAAGAAACACGUCCCUAAGCUUGGAUCCAUGGAGGCGUCAUUUGAGGACGUGGAUAAUUUCUAUUCUUUUUGGUACAACUUUGACUCAUGGAGAGAAUUUUCAUAUUUGGAUGAAGAGGAGAAAGAAAAAGCAGAAUGUCGAGAUGAAAGAAGAUGGAUAGAGAAGCAGAACCGAGCAUCUCGAGCCCAGAGGAAGAAGGAGGAGAUGAAUAGGAUACGAACACUCGUAGACACUGCGUACAGCUGUGACCCGAGGAUAAAGAAAUUUAAAGAGGAGGAGAAGGCCAGGAAAGAAUCUGAGAAGAAGGCCAGGGCUGAGGCCAAGAAGAAAGAGCAGGAGGACAAGGAGCGGGCUCGGCAGGCAGAGCUCGACGCAGCUCGGUUGGCUCGAGAAAAGGAGGAAGAGGAGGCCAAGCAGGCAGCCCAGCUGGCCAAGAAAGAGAAGGAUGCUCAAAAAAAAGCAAUCAAAAAAGAGAAACAGAAACUCAGGACAACAUGCAAGAACUGUAAUUACUUUGUGGAUAGCGAGGCGGAGACUGUGAAGAUGAUGGAGGAUGUUGAGAAGUUGUGUGAUCGAUUAGAACUCGUCAGGUUACAAAACCUAAAUGAGGCUUUAGCAUCAAGCAACAAGGAGGAGAGUAGAUCUGCCAUAGAGAAGCAGGUGCAGGAAGUGAAUGCUCAGAUACAGCGUGAGCGGGAGGCUGAGCUAAAGGCCCAUCAGUCAGCCCGUAGCUUAGAUCAGGCCAGCACUGGCACUGGGGGAGGCAAAGGCUGGAAUGAGGAGGAUCUGCAGCUGCUUAUCAAAGCGGUCAACCUGUUUCCUGCUGGAACCAAUGCCAGAUGGGAAGUGAUUGCCAACUACAUGAACAUGCACUCAAGCAGUGGAAUUAAAAGAACCGCCAAAGACGUCAUUAACAAAGCUAAGACUCUACAGAAACUAGACCCUCACCAAAAGGAUGAAGUUAACAAGAAAGCCUUUGAGAAGUUUAAGAAGGAGCAUGCAGCUGUUCCUCCAACUGUAGACAAUGCUGUGCCUUCAGAACGGUUUGAUGUCUCUGACUCCACUCCCUGGACAACAGAAGAGCAAAAGCUGUUAGAACAGGCCCUGAAGACCUACCCGGUCAACACUCCUGAGAGGUGGGACAAGAUCGCAGCCGCUGUGCCUGGACGUUCCAAGAAAGAUUGUAUGAAAAGAUACAAAGAACUCGUGGAGAUGAUUAAGGCUAAGAAGGCUGCCCAGGAGCAAGUUGCUACUAGGAGUAAAAAAUGACAAAAAUAAUUGCAAGAAGCAACCCACAUGCACACACGGCUCCAUUUUCUUUUAACGUUAUUGUGUUGGUCUUUAUUUUAUAAUAAAAUUAAAGGAAAAUGCACAGACUACAUAAAUACUUGGAUGUGAAUUUA